AAAAGACUUCCUAAGUAGCGUGUUCUUGUUCUUUGUUUGGCCACUUUGACCAUUUUAAUUUGUAGACCAUGGCUGUUACCACUGGUAAGCUUGAGAUAGAAACAGAGAUACAAUCUCCAGCAGAUAAGUUCUUUGCCAUCUACAAAAACCAUGCAAAUCUCUUCACCAAAGUUUCCCCUGAUGUCUUCAAGAACACUGAAAUAAUUCGAGGAUGUGGGAAGAGUGUGAACUCUGUCCUUCACAUAAAAUAUGCUUGGGGGGGACAUGAUGCUUUGAUUGCAAUGGAGAAGAUUGAAUCCAUAGACGACGAGAACAAGACACUUAUCAAGAGCUUCUUCGAAGGAGAUAUUGGGAAAAUGUACAAGACUUACAGGGUGACAAUGCAGGCCAUGUCUAAAGGUGGCAAGAACUCUGUGAAAUGGUCUAUUGAGUACGAGAAGGUACAUGAGGAAGUGCCUGCUCCAACCACCUAUCUUGAUUUCAUUGUCAAGUUGGCUAAGGACUUCGAUGCCCAUAUUCUCAAAACUUAGAAUUAAAUGAAUUCAGAGCUAAAACUACCUAAGAAGCAGAAAAAAGAAAAGAAUAAAGAGGUGAGGCUAUUUACGACCAUGAAUCCAUACAAGGCAUUAAGAAUAUUCCAAGCUUUUCCUUGUAUUUGUAAUAAUAUAUCUAUGUAUGUGUGUUAUGGAAUAAGCCACUCUAAGUUUUUCCUUGUAUUGGUACUAAUAUUUCUAUUAAUGUGUGCUAUGGAAUCAGCCACUCUAAUUUGUAUA